GCACUAGCUAAACCUUUAAGAUGUUCCAUCGACUACGUCAUUUUAUCUAUAUCAAAACCUGCAACCUGAAAGAAAUUAUACUGUUUCGGUUCAAAUGAGGAACAGUUAUGGUUCUGGGCCUCCAGCAACUGUACAUGUAUCAACUCCCAAAGUAAAACGAGUUGCAGGAAAUCCAGAGCCUGUAUUAAUUUUCGGUACACAAUUUGCAAUUUUCGAAUUGGAAAAGCUGUUGGGUGAUGGUAUACAUCUGUUUCAUUCGGAAUUAUCAAUUGAAGGUAUAGGAAUCCAUAUUAGCAAACAGUUGCUUUUCAUAUCAGAUGUCAGUGGUACUGUUUGGUGCUUACCCAUUGAACAGGAGACCAAGAACAAAACCAAGAUCCUUACUUCCGACCAGAUCGAUUUCUUCCCUUUGGACUUAUCAGUCGAUUGGCUCAACGAUCAGCUCUAUAUUUUGGGUGAAGUCGCUCCAAGGAAAAGUCCUCCGAGAUAUAUAAUUAAAAGGUGUAAUCUAGAUGGUACUGGUCUAACAGUCGCCUUGGCAGGACUAACCACCAGACCAAACAACAUGGAAAUAGACCCGUGCAACGGUUACUUGUUAUGGUCGAUCCGGGAAUCCCCUGCAGCGGGGAUAUACAAGUUGGACAUUUCUGAUAUUAGCAACGGCAUCAAGCACGAAAUCAAGCCCGAGAAAAUAUUAAACGGUUCGCACUUGGGAGCUUUCGUGGUUGAUUAUAUGAAUUUUCUGGUUCUUGUAUCGAACCAGAAAUUGAACACGAUAUUCUCCGUUACUUUGGAUGGAAAAAUCGUAACCAACAUUCGCAAGAAUGUCAUAGUACCAAAAAUGAAACACGUCAUCUCCCUUGCUACGGUCAACGAAAGAUUCUACUGGACAGAUGGAAAGUCAGUCUACUACGAAGAGUACCAUCCAGGUAGGCAGCUCUAUUUUAACAACCAGAUGUCACAUUUGGGCAAAACGCAGUACAGAGAAAUAUUUUAUUAA